AUGCACAAGCUAAUGGUGGGCAGCGGGUCGGGUUGCACACUUGAAAGAGCUCUUCAGAAGAGGCCCAGUCGGCCUCCCCACCGCCCCCAGACACGCGAGGCCGCGUGUCUGCUGCUGGAGCAUAAGGGCAGGACAGUGUAUCCGCUGACCACACUGGAGCUGCUAGACUGCAGGCUUGACCACUGGGCUCUGACGAGACUGGGCCGGGCCGUAGCCCUCAGCUCCAUCACCACCCUCAGUCUGGACUACACACCUAUCGAACUGGAGGGUUUGAAAGGCUUACUCAGUGGCCUGGAGUGGAGCAGCCAUGUCCUUUCCUUGAGUUUGUGCUAUUGCGGACUAGGACCGUGGAGUGGAUCUCCCCUCGCCUCCCUCGUCUCCAGGAGCGCCGUCCGGCACCUCUACAUCAAUGGCAAUGGCCUGCAGAGAGGGGGCGCCACUGAGCUACUGCAGCCUUUGGCAGAACAUUCAGAGCAAACUGCCAUGACUCAGCAGACUACACAUCCCACAGAUACGGCUAAUGAAAACUCCCAUCAAGGUUUAUCUCAGGACAGCAGAGAGAAGAGGGUGAAGGGUAAAGGGCAGAAAAAGCGAAGGCAGAGGGUGAAAAGAAAGAGUGCAGGUGCCGUGGCGACUGGGCCUUGGCUGGAGAAGCUGCACAUGCUGGAUAAUGCCAUAGAUGAGGCAGGGCCAGGGGCCACUGCUGCAGGGGUGGACCUCAUCAACAUCAUUUGUGUUCUGGUCAAGCACUCAUCUCACCUCCUGGAGCUGGACCUGGGUGAGAACCAUGUCGGAGAGGCAGGUGGAAAACUACUACUGGAGGCCCUCAUUGAACGGCGCAAAGCCAAGCACCCCCCUGUUAAAAUCCGAGUCUCUACAAGGAUGAGCCCCUCUACCUUCUCAGCCAUUUUGAAGAGCUCCAAGGAGUUGAAGUCAGUGAAGAGAAAGCGACCAUCCAGAAGAAAGACAAAGAAGAACUGAGUCAGUCCAGUUGCAGUGGGGGUCCAGGUUGGCGUUAAAGACAGAGGAACCGGAAUCAGGACAUACAUCAAGGCGUGAGGAUGUUCUGUGAAGGUUCCUGAACCCUGUCAGGUGCAUCUGGAACUCUUCCUCCGCCAGCCACUGCGCUCUGGCACACAACAUCACUCUGACCCGGCUCCCGAUGAUAGGGUGGGAUAACACCUCGUUCUGUCGGCAUCGUUUAAAAAUGUAGCGUAGUGUUCUCUAGAAUU